CGGAGCGCACUUGUCUCCGUUUGUAAAAGGUGCUCGGGGAGCCCGCCCCGGUGAGUUGACCGCCCGGCGAGAAGAGGCGGGAACCGCGGGGCGAGCGGCGCGGGCUCCUCCCCCGGCGCCUCGGCUAUUUGGGUCAGGACGAGGCGGCCGCGGCGCCGGACCUCUGGACCCGCUGGCUCCGGGACUACUGUCCGCCCGCCGCUUCGCUCCCAGCCACCCCGUCGGCAGGUCCCCGGUGUCCGACAGCAGAGAGGCCGGCGCGGCGAGAACUCGCGCUGCGCAGAAACAAAAACCAGGAAAUGCCUCGUUCCACAAACAAAGAAAUGAUACUUGGCAUCAUGGUGGGAACUACUGGAAUCAGCUUGCUGCUUCUGUGGUACCACAAGUUUCGUAAACCAAGGACAGCAAUGGAUUUACCUAAAUUUCUUUCUCUGGGUAAUUCACUUGAUUUGAUGCCUUUGCAAGAUGAAAUGCCUAAUGGCCAAGGAACAACAGCGAUCUUUCAAGGAAGGCAACUUCAGAUAUUGGAGAAGUUAAAUGAAUUACUGACAAAUAUGGAAGAACUCAAAGAGGAAAUCAGAGUUCUUAAAGAAGCCAUUCCAAAGCUGGAGGAAUAUAUCCAAGGCGAACUUGGAGGGAAGAUAACUGUUCACAAGAUAAGUCCUCAGCACAGAGCUAGAAAAAGAAGGCUUGUCACAGUUCAAAGUUCAGCAACAAGUAAUAGUUCAGAGGAAGCGGAAAGUGAAGGAGGGUAUAUUACAGCUAAUACUGAUACCGAAGAACAGAGUUUUCCACUCCCUAAGGCGUUUAACACUCAUGUAGAGGAAUUAAAUUUAGAUGCCCUUAUUCAGACGGCUGAUAAUUUACGUAUGAAUGAGUCCAGGAAAAUGGAGAGUUUUGAACUACUUUGUGACCACAAAGAAAAGUUUAGGGAUGAAAUAGAGUUUAUUUGGCGGUUUGCUCGUGCUUAUGGAGACAUGUAUGAGCUAUCUACAAAUGCACAAGAAAAGAAGCAUUAUGCUAAUAUUGGAAAGACAUUAGGUGAAAAAGCUAUUACUAGAGCACCCAUGAAUGGACAUUGUCAUCUAUGGUAUGCGGUUUUGUGUGGCUAUGUAUCUGAGUUUGAGGGCUUACAAAACAAAAUUAACUAUGGAUAUCGCUUCAAGGAGCAUCUAGAUAAAGCAAUCGAAUUUUUACCUGAAGAACCCUUUUUGUAUUACCUCAAGGGAAGAUACUGUUACACUGUCUCAAAACUGAGCUGGAUUGAGAAAAAAAUGGCUGCUACUCUGUUUGGGAAAAUACCAUCUGCAACUGUACAAGAAGCUUUGCAAAAUUUCCUUAAGGUCGAAGAACUACACCCUGGGUUUUCUAAGUCCAAUUACAUGUUCUUGGCCAAGUGUUAUAUUGAUCUUGAACAAACAGAUACUGCUGUGAAGUUCUGUAAUAUGGCAGUGUUGCUUCCUUGUGUUACCAAAGAGGAUAAAGAUGCACAGAAAGAGGUGAAAAAAAUAAACACUUCCUUGAAGAGGUAAAUAAAAGAACUUGCUCUUCAACAAAUCAGAUGUGGUCUACUAAAAUUUAAAUUAAUCAAAGUUGUGUUUUUUUAUUAUCCUUUUUUCUUUUUUGAUGUAAGGGUAAUGUGCUCAGAUAUCAAGGCAAAAUCACGUUUCUGCAGAAGGCAUUCCACUAGUAGCACUACAAAACUAAUCAUGUUAUUUGGAGGAAUCUAUUUCCUAUAAUGUCACUACAAAAUGAUCUUUAAACAUGUACGCUUUAAAUUUUUCCUAUUAAAUUAUAGUCUUCAGAAUAAAAUAUUUAAGUCAAUUCAAUAAAAUGAACUCAAGUGAGUGUUUUAUUGCUGCUUCAGUGGUAACUUUACAAAACAAAACAAUUUCAUUAACGUGAAUGAAAAAUGGAAAAAAAGGCGAAGGACAUGAACGAGUUGUUGAUAGGAGAGGAAAAACAAAAGGGGAAAUAUAACUAGUAAUUUUAAAAAUGUGAAGAAAAUUACAAUAAGAUACUGUUUUACCAUCAAA